AUGAAGUUUCCUCUUUUUUUCUUGCUUGCUCUCUGUAUAUCGAAAGCAGCCGCUUUCGGUUUAUACGGCUGCUAUGAACGGCUCAUGUAUUGGCAAGCCUACCAGAUGGACAGCGGGUCCAAGAAACAAAGAAUCGCGAAGGCCUGCUCGAGAGACGCAGAGACCGCUAAGGUGGUCGGUCCGGUCAGUGGAGGUCGAUGCAAUCUGAGACAAUUCCUCUAUUAUAUCUCAGCCAGCGAGGAGGAGAAGGCAACCAUCGCGGACAAGAGCAAGAUGAAAGACGCAGACCUCGCCAAGGAAAAUACUGCACUCGACGAGGUUGCUUCUAAGCUCUACGGGGCUAAUGUUGGAAGGAAUUACCAACCCGGCCGCAUCUACGAGAAUCUGGGGCCUACCUCUGGGACCCAUGAGGCUCGGUCUCGGGUCCAGUACGGACGACAGGCCAACGCGGUCCGGGAUAUAGGAACUGAGAUUCGGAAAAAAUACGAUAAUGAGGUUUGGGAGAAGCAACCAAAGACUAAGAAAGGUGAAGUGGAGAAGGACGUCCCCUUGGUUAAGGAGGGAUUGGUCAAGGAGAGAAUGGGUAUUCCUAAUGGAGGUGUCGAUGGAUGGAUCACUUGCGAUCUACAGGACGCAAAAACGGCGGUUAACGCUGAGGAGACAAAAGCUGGCAGAGAACCAAUGAAAUUGAAAGAUUUCAUUGACGAUUGGUCAACGAACGAGGGUGGCCACAGGUUGAAUAUCAACGCAGCGAAAGAUGCGAAAUUGAAAAUUUCAGGAGGUUGUUCAGCAUGA